UUUUCUUUUGUAGCUGUAUUUAUAUUUAUUGGUGCAUUAUCUAUGAAUCUUGCAUGUCUGCGUGCAUCUAAAAUUCUACACGAUGAAAUGCUGGUUCGUAUAUUGCAUGCGCCCAUGUCCUUCUUCGACACCACUCCCAUGGGUCGGGUUUUAAACAGAUUUUCUAAAGAUGUAGAUACAACUGAUAUAACUAUCCGAUUUAAUAUUCGCAUGAUGCUUGUUCAGGCAUUUCGAUCCUUAGUUUCUUUUAUCAUUAUUUGCAUGGAAACUGCUUUAUUUCUGGUGGUAGUAAUACCUAUCGGCAUAAUAUAUUAUUUGCUUCAGAAAUUUUACAUUCCCACAUCGCGACAGAUGAAGAGACUCGAAUCUGUAACACGUUCUCCGAUUUAUGCGCAUUUUUCUGAAACAAUAACAGGAACUUCAUCCAUUCGAGCUUAUAGAGCUGCACAAAAAUUUAUCGAUGAGUCAAAUAAUCGCGUAGACACCAAUCAUUCCUGUUAUUAUCCGAGUUUAGCAGCAAAUCGAUGGUUGGCAAUAAGAUUAGAAUUUUUAGGAUACUCCAUAGUAUUUUUUUCUGCAUUAUUUGCUGUUCUUACUAAGAAUGAUUUGAAUCCCGGAAUUGUUGGAUUAUCUGUCAGCUACGCUUUAACGAUAACGGCUAAUUUAAAUAUGUUGGUUCGAGCGAGUGCCGAUGUAGAAACAAAUAUAGUUUCGGUGGAACGUUGCCUGGAAUACAGCGGAAUUAAUACAGAGGCUCCUCGUUAUAAUAAAUCAACCAAACCAGAUGAUUCCUGGCCGAAAAAUGGAAAUAUCAAAUUUGAAAAUUAUUCUACGAGAUACAGAGAAGGAUUAGAUUUAAUUCUGAAUGAUAUAACAUGCGACUUUUCUGCUGGUGACAAGAUUGGUAUUGUAGGAAGAACCGGCGCUGGAAAAUCAUCGCUAACGUUAUCUCUCUUUCGAAUUAUUGAAGCGGCAGCUGGGAAAAUCUAUGUCGAUGACGUCGAUAUUUCUAAAAUUGGGUUGCACGAUCUUCGGUCCAAACUUACAAUUAUUCCUCAGGUAAAAUAAAAUUUCCAUACUUUU